CAACAUACCCUUUGACGGACUCGUCUGAUCUUUCAAGGUUACCGUGUGUGUGUGCGCGCGAUCGUGUAUGACCGGUGUGUCGCCCUAACGAACUUCCUGCAGAACGUGUGCGUCUGCAAGUUGCCAGUAGCAGGUCGGACCGAUACUUCAGCACCAGCAGCAGCAGCAACCGUCUGCCAGCGUGAAUCCGGUGAUGGAGAUCCGAGGGCUUCUGGCGAUGGGUGGUUGUCGACGAAGGACGGACGGAGCCGUCGCGCUAAUGCUGAGCAGCCUACCGCCGAUGCUGGUGCUGCUGCUGUUGGCGCCCCUCCUACAGACAGUCGCCGGGCGGCAUCACGAGCUGGGCGCUACGAUGGGUGGUAGCGGUACGCAUCAGCUGUCGAGCGGUGGCGGAGCGACCGGCGGUAUCGGAGGACUGGCGGCCCAAUCGCAGACGCUCCUGCCAGGAUCGCAAUCCAGUGCCAGUGCCGGCUCCUCGUCAUCAUCGUUGUCGUCGUCGUCGGCCGAAGAGGAGGAAGUGGCGCGGCUCACGCUCGGCAAGGACGCAGAUGCCUUUUUUACACCAUAUAUAGGUCACGGUGAGUCCGUACGAAUUAUAGACCCCGAGCUGGGCACGCUCGAGCGGGAGCACGUUGUCCACGUCAGUGGUGGCGGUGCCGGGGUUGGUGGUGGUGGUGGUGGUGGUGGUAGUGGUACGCCAUCACUUCGGCGGCGUGGUCUAACGAGACGCGAAUCGAACGGAGACGCUAGCGAUAAUGAUCCACUCGUCGUCAACACGGACAAGGGCCGAGUGCGGGGCAUCACGGUCGAUGCACCGAGCGGUAAGAAGGUGGACGUGUGGCUCGGAAUCCCGUACGCGCAGCCACCGGUCGGUCCGCUGCGUUUCCGCCAUCCGAGGCCGGCCGAAAAGUGGAGCGGCGUACUGAACGCAACGACUCCGCCGAACAGCUGCGUCCAGAUCGUCGACACCGUGUUCGGUGACUUCCCGGGUGCGACCAUGUGGAACCCGAACACGCCGCUCUCGGAGGAUUGUCUCUACAUCAACGUGGUGGCACCUCGGCCGCGCCCCAAAAACGCCGCUGUCAUGCUGUGGAUCUUCGGGGGCGGGUUCUACUCCGGUACGGCCACACUCGACGUGUACGAUCACCGGGCGCUCGCCUCGGAGGAGAACGUAAUCGUCGUCUCGCUACAGUACCGGGUCGCCAGUCUUGGGUUCCUGUUUCUUGGCACACCGGAAGCGCCCGGUAAUGCUGGGCUGUUCGAUCAGAACCUUGCUCUAAGAUGGGUACGGGAUAAUAUCCACAAAUUCGGAGGUGAUCCAUCCCGCGUAACGCUCUUUGGCGAGAGUGCCGGUGCCGUGUCUGUGUCGCUCCACCUGCUGUCCGCCUUGUCGCGCGAUCUGUUCCAGCGAGCCAUCCUGCAGAGUGGAUCCCCUACCGCACCCUGGGCACUGGUGUCACGCGAGGAAGCCACGCUAAGGGCACUGCGAUUGGCGGAAGCGGUCGGUUGUCCACACGACGCUAGCAAACCGGGUGAUGCGGUCGAGUGUCUGCGCGCCAAGGAUCCACACGUGCUGGUCGACAACGAGUGGGGUACGCUCGGUAUCUGCGAGUUCCCGUUCGUGCCGGUGGUGGACGGAGCAUUCCUGGACGAGACACCGCAGCGGUCACUCGCCAGCGGGCGCUUCAAGAAGACGGAAAUCCUGACCGGCAGCAACACGGAGGAGGGCUACUACUUCAUCAUCUACUAUCUGACCGAGUUGCUGCGCAAGGAGGAAGGUGUGACGGUAUCACGCGAAGAGUUCUUGCAGGCGGUGCGCGAACUCAAUCCGUACGUCAACGGAGCGGCUCGGCAGGCGAUCGUGUUCGAGUACACCGACUGGACAGAACCGGACAACCCGAACAGUAACCGGGACGCGCUGGACAAGAUGGUCGGCGAUUAUCACUUCACGUGUAACGUCAAUGAGUUUGCGCAGCGGUACGCCGAGGAGGGCAACAACGUCUACAUGUAUCUGUACACGCACCGUAGCAAAGGCAACCCGUGGCCCCGCUGGACCGGGGUGAUGCAUGGUGAUGAGAUUAACUACGUGUUCGGUGAACCGCUCAACCCGACGCUCGGUUACACCGACGAUGAGAAGGGUUUCAGCCGGAAGAUUAUGCGCUACUGGUCCAACUUUGCCAAGACGGGCAAUCCUAACUCGAGUCCCGCCAGCAGCGAGAUCCCCGAGUGGCCAAAGCACACGGCCCAGGGACGGCACUAUCUGGAGCUCGGCAUGAACACGUCCUUCGUCGGACGAGGACCACGGUUGAGGCAGUGUGCGUUCUGGAAGAAGUAUCUACCGCAGCUUGUUGCAGCUACCUCUAACCUUCAAGUGGCACCACCACCAAGCGCACCGUGUGAAAGUAGCGCCUUUUUUUACCGACCUAAUCCGAUGGUGCCGCUGCUGCUGGUUGCUCUGCUAUCGCUGCUAUCCUCGGCCACACUCCACUUCGUACAAUAAUCAUGGACGGCCCACGGGGCCCAACCGAGCGGCCAUCAUCACCACUCACCCCACUCCUGCUAGUUCGUUUAAGCUUUAAGAUAGUGAGGAACAAAUUCUCCAUCAUCCAUCCCCUCCCGUACCUACCUACACCCUCCAUUCCUACCCUUUUUACUUCAGCAAAGCGAAAGCCGAAAGCGAAUCAAACAAAUCCCGCAAAAGGGAAGAAGGUGUUAGGAAUUAGAAGAAGAAAAAAAACAGAAGAACUGUGCGGAUCAGAUAGGCAGGCCGUGCUCCAGUGUGGCAGGCGGGGGCUACUGGCGGGGGCAAUUCGCUUUUCGGCAAUCUGGAAUGGUUUGGCGUUGUCGCAAGAUCCCCGUGGAUGGCUCUGGAUCGCUAAUGACGAUGGAAUGCGUCAAUCCGAGAUGGCGUUGCCCAGCGAUGCUGCACAGCGAUAUUUGGCCCACAAGGGCCUCGCCCAGGGAGGGGGCCAUCGUCGUAACCGUAGCCGACCCAAAGCAGACACAGCACAGGCUACUCCGGUUUAAGGGUGCCGCGAUGACAAAUAACCACGCACAGCUGCGUAAUAGUAUAAUAGUCUUAGGUUCCCCCCUUUAGGUGGCUGUUCUAGGCUGGUCAAGAAAUAAUAAUCAUACACACGCCACACACACACACACACACACACUCAGACCCACACACAGAGGACAUAGUUCUGUAUUGCAAACUUGCGUCCCUGGUGCUUACUGUGGCAGCGGCCACGAUUAGGCACAGGGGGAUUGAUGGAGAGAGUAUGGAGUUCCAUUGAGUUGUGCUUAAAAUCGAUGGCUACGCUGAUGUCGCGGUCGCCUGCUAUGUUGUCGAUGGAUUUAGCACCACUAAAGGCUAGUUUUACCUUCUCACACACAUCCGGACAUACAAGCAACGAGUUCUUGUUUCUGAUUCUCAAUUUAACACCAACUCUUUCGCGCAAACUUAUCUUCUUCUUCCUAUUCGCUGGCGUAGAAAAUCCAUACUCUCUCUCUCUCUUUUUCUCGCUCUCUCUCUCUUUUCUCCCUUUCUUCCUCCCUCCCUCCCUCUCUAUCUCUUUUGCAGUACUCGAUAAUUCCUCAUUAUCCCACAGGACACAUAGAAACACACGACAACAGAUGCGGCACACAUAGACACAGUCGACAGAGUAGUAUCUACAAUCAAUUAGUCGUUACUUUCUAUGCUAGAUUAUACUAUCAAAGGCCGCGGUGAGGUGGCAUCAUUGUACCCUAUUUCUACCAUUCCUCACGAGCGUUAAGAUGCUGGCAGCAGCAGGCCGGCAAGGAUCCUAGUGCCGAGCGUAAGCGUUUAUGCAUAACCGUAAUAGUAGAGCGAUAAUUAGUGAAUCAAUUCUGCCACAUACACUCACACAGACACAGUCAAACACACAAUAUGAAAGCGAUAUUCAUCGAUGGAAGGAAAAGGAAAGUUCGCUGAUAACCAUCGCAGAAAGGGAAUUGUCAAUAAAAUAUGAAAAAAGAAUAAUAAAAAAAAACUUGAAUAAAGAUAAUACUGAUAAACAACAACCGAACACUCGCGACACUGCGACAACAACACUCCCGCGGAGCCUACUGCCUGGUCAUACCCAGUUGAUGCGCUUUGAAUUUGCGCUCUUGAAAGCUCCACAAAACACAACACAAUACACCCAACACACACACAGUACGAGUAUGAGUACGAUUCUAAGAUUCUAAGCAUAACCCGCGAACACAGCCUAGCCUCUCUAGUUUGUAGUAGCGGAAUGUGGGGUGGGAAAUUCGAACGACACACACCGCCUCGGGAAGGCGGAGUGUCGGUUCUGGAGCACUAGCAACAAACCUUCUAAAUCGCGAUCGAAAAACAAAACAAGCAUACAAAAAAAAUAAAACGAAAAAGAAAAGGGGAAGACAACAAAAAUCGGGAGGGAAAAUGGAAAAAAACUGAAAACAUAUCAUACCUUGUAAUGCUGUUGCAAACUCUAAUGGUAUAAACUCUAAGCUCGAUUAGAUUAAGGUGCGAAAGGUGCCCCUUGAGGGGGGCAAUAGAGGGGCGCAAGGCAGCAUGGCGUGGCACAGAAUGUGACAUUCAACUACCAGGAGCUAGAAAGCUAGAACGAAGUCACCGGUCACGCUGGCUGGAGCAACAAACAAACAAAAAAACACCCAAGUGAAGUUAAUGUUAAAACAGAAACAAAAAAAACACACACACACACGCAAACUCUUUCGCCAACGUCAGCCAUCCACCAGCCGCCACCAGCGUUGUAUGCUCUAUCCUUCUGGAACACACACACACGCCGGGAUGGUCCCUAGUAGUGAACAUUCCAUGAGGAUCCUUUGAAAGGGUAUAUGCAUCGCAAACACCACGGAAUCGGCCUGGGGUGUCAGACAACUAGUAUUAAGCGGGGCGAGGUGUGGCGAUAUAAUCAAACCUACUUAAGAUACGACUGUGCUUUAGGCUGCGCCAUUUAGAGAUGUAUCCAUUUCCAUUUGCCAAUGUUGCACUCAACCGUUAGGCAUAGAAGCAGGAGCUCACGGCCCUGGAUGUGCUCACCAGCAGACAGGAGACACGAUAGCCGCUAAUACUCGCGAAUACCAGCUAUAAUACCAAUAGCACUAACCAGCAAGCGAAAAAAAGCGAACAUAAUGGACGUGACAAAGCAUUUGGUGGCAGUUGAUGUACUGACAAAGAUCGACUAAAAAGCGCACUUCCAUAGACGUUCAUUUUAUCUAUUCGCUCAGUUCGCGAAGUAGACAAAAACGAUGCACUGAAGAGGAAAACCAUGGAUUUGUAUGGAAAAUGUUGGUCUUUGCCCCAUUCUCGUGAAUGACCAAGUUGGAAAGAAAAAAUGAACGUCCAUGGGGAUAACAACAUUAUGCCCGUUCGCCAAUCUGUACAAACAAAACACGGACACUCGCAAAACAUUAUCGCAGCAAUUCCGCCAGGAGGAGAAAGGCACAUGGCUACAGAACACAAUCACCCAGUUCCACCCCUCCCUUCGGCUUCUCCUCUCAUCCCACAAAAAAAAACAAACGCUCUUAUCGCGCAUAAUUGUGAUGAUUUCUCUUCUCAAGUAAAACAGUGUUUUGACCAUUGUUUGUACAAAUAGAAGACAAAACCAAAACAAACAAACAAACAAAAAAACGACGAAAUAGGUCGGACGGAGAGCAAAAUCUGGCUCUGGAUGAGAAGAGGUUGAGCAAUCCGGACGAAGUUGCUUUCCGCGUGGAAAAGCGGGAUGUAACGUUAAGGAGCAGGCGUUAAUGGCUGAGAAGGUUAUGGGCGGUAGCGCUCGCACAUGGCUCUACACGAACACACCGCAACACUGGAUGUCUCGUGAGCGAUUAGUCGUUAGGUAGAGUAGUAGGCUCUGAUCAGAAACCAUUUUGGCACUGGUUGACACUUCUUCACACACACACACACAAACACUAACACACACGCCAGCACACACAGACACACAUGCUCAUCGUAAUCGUGAUCAACGUUACUCUUUAAACUGAAAGCAUCAAUGAAUGCACUUGCAAGAAACGUUGCGGUCUUUGCGCGUCUAGAGCAUCAGUUAGCGUGUUCAUGCAACCAUUUGAUGGCAGUCGAAAGCACCGUAAUGGAAGAACCGCGGAGCGCUUCAACCAGGCGAACAGUCAGAAUAGUAUUAGCUGCUUUUCCAAAAAGAUCUCCGCAUUUCCCAAGACGGCUCUGAGCACAGCGGAAAUCCUGGAACGGCAGAUUCUAGCUACUUCCUACCUCCCCGCUCUUCCUCUCUCCCAGCCAACUUUUCCUUGGUACAGCUUUCCCCCCGCUACGUUGGCCAAAUUAGAUGCACGUUGGAAAUGGACCAAUUUUCAAAAAACCAAAACAAAAAACGGAAAAAAACCAAAAGAGGGUAAAUGGUAUCAAGGAGGUCAAGAACUCCAACCCCGUGAAAAGAGAGAGAGAUGGAGAUGGAAAGCGAUGGAAAACGGGGAGCAGAACGGGGUCGCAGAACGAGGGGGGGUAUGCACGUCACUCAGCGCCAGAUGCACUUUCGCCUUCCCUUUUGCCACGCUAGUGAAGUAACUGGUAGGGUCACCAGACAUAGGUCAUGAGAUGUGUAGGUUGGAUUGGAAAAGGGAUUACAUAUUGUAAAGGGGAAACACACUCGGCUAUCCCUAUGCCAGUCGUGGUAGACAGUUUAAGUGAGAUCGUCGCGAUGGCGAGGAUGUAAAGGGAAGCGGUUCGAGCGGUUCAACACGAACAAUAAACGUUCUUCAGGCGUCAUCCAGGACGGCCUCGGGCGGCUCAUCGAUAGUGAUCGUGUGCGACGGCAUCGUUAUCGAUGCUCGGUAUGCAUAUAUCUAUAUACAUAUAUACAUAUAUACACAUACACGUAUAAGUUUAUCGAUCAGCCAGCCAGCUACGUAGACGUAUAAUCGAUCCUAAACCUCUUUUCAAGCCUCACGCGGCAUGCGUGACGUUGUGAGUCCUUCGCAGGUUUACAACCUUCGGUUGUACUUUCCCGGUUUUUCCGUUUGCAGGACAUUCGUUGCCGUUGACCAUUAUUGUUGCUGGAUAGCAUCUGUUUUCGGCUACAGCAGUCGCCAGUUAUGAUCCUCAAAACGCUGUUUUUAUGUUGUACAGGAAUCCCUGCAAUCAAUGCAGUGCAUUCCCUUCUAGUCUAAGUGCAAUGCGCUGACACAACGAGUAAACUACGGGAACUGUGUGGCUGUCGCUUGCUUGCUUCAUCACGCGCGCUAGAGUGUGGUUUGUGUGUUGUGUGUAGUGUUUCUAGUGUAGAGCCACCCUGCCGAACCCUAAAUUCCGCACCAAAAAAAGGGGGCUAGUGGAGCUGGGGCGCAAUUCGCGACUGCAAAGUGCUGCCGUGCUGGCGGAAGACGCCAUCACUAUAGUAGAAGGAGUAGUAGUAGUAGGAUAAUGUAGCAAGACCGAAAACAGAAGGAAAAAGCAAAAGAAAGAGAGAAGGAACGAGAGAGAGAGGGCGUGAGAAGGCGAUGAACGGUUGGAGAUAAUGUUCAUAAUACAUA